UCUGGCUCCCACUCGCGUGUCUAUGCCUCGGCCCGCGACCACACCGCGGGCCAGGGUCCCGGGGACCUUGCGGAGCCCGCGUCCGCCGGCCCCAAUGCGGGGGGAGCCCCGCCUCGUGAGCGGCCUCCGCGCUGCCGGUCCAGGGAAUCUGGCCUCCAGGAAGGUGGCCAGACCGAAGGACCAUGUGCUGCCCACCAGCCCCCCAUGGACCCACCUGUUCCGAAGGUUAAGGCCGCAGCCUGUCACGGCCCUGACUGGCUUGCCGCACUUUCUGCCUCGUGUUGCCCUCCACCACCUUCAGGCAGGACUGAAAGCUCUGUCCUCUCUGCCACGUGACCCACAGUGGGAGAUAAAGGGAGCAGCGUCCAGAGUCCAGCUGUCACCCCCAGACACUGCAGCCACUCUCCAGCACCUGAGAAGGCAAAGGGUUUGAAUUCUUCCUCGCCGCACAUGCGGGCAGCGGGCAGAGAGCAGAGCCUGGGGACUGCCUCGACACCGCCUGCUCCUGUGAUGCUGAAGGCACUCUCCCCACUGCGCAGUACAGGGGAGACUCCAGUUUCCAGCUUUGCCUGCGUAGUGCGUGGACUGUCUGCGAGUGAGAACCCAGAGAAGGACACCUGGCAGCUGGCUUGGUGACCAUGCAGCCCCUGGAAUCAGUGACGUUUGAAGACGUGGCUGUAGACUUCACCCAGGAAGAGUGGGCCCUGCUGGACACAUCCCAGAGGAAGCUCUUCAGAGACGUGAUGCUGGAGAACAUCAGCCACCUGGUCUCCCUGGGGUAUCAGCACCGCCCAUCAGAUGUGACUUUCCAGCUGGAGCACGGUGAAGAGCUGUGGCGGGAAGGGCCUAGAUUUCUCCCAGGCCAGGGUGCAGGCAGGGAAAGUGCCAUUAAAAAACAAGAGACUAUAGCCACACAACGUAGCAGUGGAAAGGACACGUGGACUGUCGUGCCCCUGCAGAAAUCUCAUACUCUUGAGGACCCCAGUGAAUAUAAGGACUUGGGAGAUUUCACUCACAGCUCCACAGUGACUCAACACUUGUUAAAUCACAUGGAAAAGAAACCCUGCAUCAGCAAACAGUGUCAAAGCUCCCUCAGUGAGCAGUCCUGCCUUAACCCACAUAAGCAAACGCACACCAGGGGUAAAUCGUAUGAGUGCCAUCUCUGUGGGAAAGCCUUCAGCAACUGCUCUAGCCUCCGGCGGCAUGAGAUGACUCACACUGGAGAGAAGCCAUACGAGUGCCACCUCUGUGGGAAUGCCUUUAUCCAGAGCUCUGACCUUCGGAAACACAGUCUCACACACACUGGGGAGAAACCGUACGAAUGUCACCUCUGUGGGAAAGCCUUCAGUCAGUCCUCGAACCUAAGACAGCACGAGAGGACACACACUGGAGAACAGCCAUAUGAGUGCACUCAGUGUGGGAAAGCCUUCAGUAAAUGCUCUGCCCUUCGACGGCACGAGAGAACCCACACUGGUGAGAAGCCGUAUGGAUGCCAUCUGUGUGGGAAGGCCUUCAGUCAGUGCUCUGCCCUUAGGCGGCACGAAGGAACCCACAGUGGGGAGAUCAUGAAUGCCUUCAGCAAAUAUUCGGACCUGAGAUGACAUGGGUUUGCCAGGGCCAUGAAUGUGGAACAUCAGUCAUAGCUUCAAUGUUUCAACACCCUUGAGGGCUCAUGCAUUGCAGAAACCCUGUCUGUAGUCCGGGUGGAAGAUCCUGCAGGUGCCCCUUCUCGCCUGACACCUGCGAAUACGUGUGGGGGAGAAUCCAGUUGCAUGGCAUCUCUGCGGCCGAACCUUCAGCCAGUGGUGUGACCACGGAGGCCAUAGGAGAGCUCACACUGGAAAUAUAAGGAAUGCAGAAGUCUUCAGCAACAGCUUUAAAUUUGACACUACAGAACCCACACAGGAGAGAACUCCUCAGUCUGUAACCAAUGUGGGGAUACUUUUAUUUAUAAUCUGGUUUAACAACAUGAGCAAACCUCACUUGGGAGGACCUUUAGAUCUGUAGUAACUAUAAACAGAUACCCAGCCAAGCCCCAGACAUGGUGCGCACAGGAAGACUCUGAUGCAGUGACCUCCGAAACGGUGUGUGCGGCGCAGUCCUCUCGAGGAAUACCAGUCAUCUAUCCUUGAGCAGCAAUUUGGUAGAAACUUGUGAGGACUCAGGCUGCACUUGGUGUCAUGAAGAAGGAAUGUCUUCAGUGGCCACUCAUUCACAGUCGCCAUUACAGUCCUCAAGCUGAGAAGGAGCUGUCCUAAAAGCAGAGUAGACAGGCCUUCAGCUUGACUGAACUCCAGACAACUCAGUCUAGUGAAAAAAUAAACCCUCUAAGAGCUCCUCUUAGCCUACUAUUUAUCAGAUAACUCAGAAUUUUGAGAAAAAUAAUUAUUCAUGGGGAAGUUUGGUAUCUGGAUGCAAAAGAGAGUGAUCUGGAAAUAUUAAAUGCCAACUUUUGUAAGAUAUUAGAAUCAAAUUUUCAAUAGAUUAUUGCUUGUAAAUAUUAAACAACAAACUCUGCCACUUUAAAA